AUGCCUCGCAAUAGAAGCUUAUCUGCCUCAAGUAAUCCUGCACCUCCUUUAAUAUCUCGAGGUUUUGCUAGUCUUCGACGUGCUCAUCGGCGCCUAUCCAAUUCAUCACCUACUUCGCCUAUUAUAGCACCAUCGGGUGAUACAACCACUGUACCCCCACUUGAUGUGAACACAACCGAGGCAUCCGUCACUCGUCCAAAUGGUGGUGAUGGUGAUCAUGAAGCCGUCAUCACCCAUCCUCGAAUUAGACUAGUUCCCAACGUUGGUCUGUCAAAUCGAAGUUUUGUAUUUGAUAUAAUUGAUAGAGAACUUCAACCAGGACUUGUUUAUCGCAUUGGUCGUUUUUCAGAUAGAAGCAUUGUAUCCGAAAGAUUGUCAUUUAAAAGUAAAGUCGUAAGUCGUAAUCAUGCUGAAAUUUGGACCGAGCAGAGAAAGAUUUUUAUUCGUGAUAUUGGGUCAUCCAGCGGUACAUUUUUAAAUCGCUGUAGACUUAGCCCGCCAAAUCAUGUUAGUGAACCGUAUGAAUUAAAAGACGGCGAUACGAUCCAAUUAGGUGUUGACUACCAGGGUGGAGUGGAAUCAAUCUAUAGAGCAGUUAGAAUACGUGUCGAAAUUAAUCGUCAGAUUCAAAACCCCAACAGUCCAUUCGCAAGAACCGCAUUUCAACAAUUACGUAACCAUUUAAUUGGAUCACCUAUCAACAACAUCACUCCUUCAUCAGACGCAACUGCCUCACCAACUGCACCAACAGUACCAACAACAGAUCUUGGUCUUCAUAGAGAACCAACAAAAGUUCACGAGCAUUCAGCUGAUAUCGCUGCUCCUGACUCUCCAAAGCAAGUGCCGUUAUCGGAUUUAAUGAGUCGUCAUCACAUUACAGAGAUGGAUCGAGCGGAUAUUCAAGAAUGCUGUAUCUGUCUUUAUGCCAUUGCUCCUUUUCAAGCUUUAUUUAUCGCUCCUUGUUCCCAUAUUUUCCAUUUUAAAUGCCUUCGCCCCAUUGUAUUCCAGAAUUACCCAGGCUUUUCAUGUCCGCUCUGUCGAAACUAUUUUGAUUUGGAAGCUAGUGUAGCAGUUGAAGUCGAUGAAGUAUUAGAAGCCAUCAGUAUUGCGAAAGAACAACAAAAACAGGAACAAUCCACCGGACAAGUAUUAUCACCUAUCGAUACUGUACCAGAAGUCAAUGAGGAUGAAGAAAGAGAGCAUGAUGAUACCAAUCGGUUGGAUGUAACGGCAGAGAGUUCUUUACAUCCGAGCAGUAAUCAUUCUGAGCAAAGUGAUAAUGAUGAAGAGCAGAUAAGAGAUUUAAAAAAUCGCUCAGGUUCUCCCGCAGCUUGUGCUAAUAAUGACGAGAAUACUUCCCAACCGCAAGCGAUAGAAGCAAAUGACAACCAUGCUUCUCCAGCACAUACUAGAUUAACUAGAAGUAAUGAAGCAUUACUGUCUACAACACUUGUGGGAUCUCCCGCAUUUCAAAAUAGCCCGUUAGUAGCUCAGAAUAAUAACAGUAAUGCUAUAUCAUAG